CCUCUGUUGCCCAUUUCUAGGACUGAUAGCUGAGACCUCUAUCCAAGCACAAAGGAGGUUCUCCAGGCCUGGGUGCAAGGUACCCCAUCGUGAGCAUUGCCUGGAACAUUCUGGCCUAGACACCUUGCAGUCCAAUGAGAAGAGAAAGGAGAAAGCAUCUUCCCUGGGGAGUGACAGUGGGGCCCAGGAGCCAGGAAAGGGUCUGAACGUGAACCCACAGGCAGGAGGAGCAGGAAGGGUCCAGAGUCCCUGCCUCAGAGGGAUCCAGGGGCCUGGUGGGCUGGGAGCCUCUGAGAGGGGGCAGGUGCUGACCCCACUCUACCCUCUCUCUAGGCUUUUGCCAAGCAGGAACACAGGCUGGUGAGCUCCCAGCAGGAGCUUGAACUCCAUAUUUCUGGAGAUGGCCGGAAACUGCUCGUGGGAGGCUCACUCCACCAAUCAGAACAAGAUGUGUCCUGGGAUGGGCGAAGCUCUGGAGCUCUACAGCAGAGGCUUCCUGACCAUUGAGCAGAUUGCUGCGUUCCCUCCACCUGCCGUCACAAACUACAUCUUCCUAUUGCUUUGUCUGUGCGGCCUGGUGGGCAACGGGCUGGUCCUCUGGUUUUUCGGCUUCUCCAUCAAGAGGACACCCUUCUCCAUCUACUUCCUGCACCUGGCCGGCGCUGAUGGGAUCUACCUCUUCAGCAAGGCUGUGAUCGCCCUCCUGAACAUGGGGGCCUUCCUGGGCUCCUUUCCCGACUACGUUCGCAGGGUGUCCCGGAUCCUGGGGCUCUGCACGUUCUUUGCAGGCGUGAGCCUCCUGCCGGCCAUCAGCACCGAACGAUGCGUGUCCGUCAUCUUUCCCGCUUGGUACUGGCGUCGGAGGCCCAAGCGCCUGUCUGCUGGGAUCUGUGCCCUGCUCUGGCUGCUGUCCUUCCUGGUCACCAGCAUCCACAACUAUUUCUGUAUGUUCCUGGGCCGCGAGGUUUCACCUACAGCCUGCCGCAACAUGGAUAUCUCCCUGGGCAUCUUGCUGUUCUUUCUCUUCUGCCCACUCAUGGUACUCCCCUGCCUGGCACUCAUCCUGCACGUGGAGUGCCGAGCACGGCGCCGCCAGCGCUCUGCCAAGCUCAACCAUGUGGUCCUGGCCAUUGUCUCUGUCUUCCUUGUGUCCUCCAUCUACUUGGGGAUUGACUGGUUCCUCUUCUGGGUCUUCCAGAUCCCAGCCCCCUUUCCGGAGUAUGUCACUGACCUGUGUAUCUGCAUCAACAGCAGCGCCAAACCCAUUGUCUACUUCCUGGCUGGGAGAGACAAGUCGCAACGCCUGUGGGAACCUCUCAGGGUAGUCUUCCAGCGGGCUCUACGGGAUGGUGCUGAGCCGGGGGACGCUGCUAGCAGCACACCCAACACAGUCACCAUGGAGAUGCAGUGCCCUUCUGGGAACGCAUCAUGAGAGGCCAGCAUGGGGGGGCAAGGCUGCUGCCAACAGCCGCCAGUAGCUUCCAGAGACACCUGCCUGAGGGCAGAAGCAAAGCAGCUGCUCCUGUGCCUCCGGGCAGAAGAGCUGCCUUCACACGAGGCAUCUACCUCUUGCCAGGUGUGGCCAAGAGGCUGAGCAGCCACCUGUAGACAGACUCUGUGGUUUCUGCUCCCCAGCCAUCUGUCUGUGACUCAGUGUACCAAAGUUGCCCUCCUCAAUAGAAGGGGGUCCCUCCUCAAUAGAAGGUCAUGAAUGAAGGCAAGAAGGAGGCCACCUCCACAAACAUGACUCAGUCAGCGUCACCCGCUCUGGGCCAGCAGCCUCCCAAGGCAGCAUCUGAACAGAGCCGAGAGAAUGGUGCUAUCUGGAAGAGGAUCCUGUCCACCUACAUCGUGGUUUUCAAACAAGUUCCUGUCCCUUUGAUGAGUCAUCUGGUGACUUUAAUGGGGUAGGACCUGGCCUUGGCAAGCCAUGUGACCCAGGAAGAACCUUCUGCCACCCUGGGUAGCUGACUGCUUUUCUGACACCCCAUCCCCUCCCCAGCCCGCUCUGGGCAGCUGUCCAUACACUCCAUAUCUUGUAGGCCACGCAUCAGCUCCCUACCAGUCUCCAGUGCCCAUUUCAAACUGGACUCUGGUCUCAUCCUGACCCCAGUGGGGGCUGCCACCAUGAUGCCAUCCAUCAUUCAGUAUAGUGGCCUCCGUAGCCAAAGGAAGUUUUAUAAAAGAUAAUAAAGUAUAUAUCAAUACGCAUUUUUAAAAAUCUUGCAACGAGGCAGGCUCAAUGCCCACUGUCUUCUCUGUGUUUCUGUGUCCCACAGUGAGGACAACCAAGGGCAACUGGAGUCCAGGGUGGGUGGCCAUCUGGUCCUUUCCUCUCCCUCUGGGUCUCCUCUGGUUAUUUGGCCACACCUCUGAGCUGCCUUAUGCUCUGCCUGACCCUGUUUAUAUGUAGGUUUCCGUGGCUCCUAAGGAUGGAGCUCAUCGAUGGAGCUGUACCCAUCCACAGAGAGCCAGGGAGGGGAGACAAGCAGGGAAGGGGUGAGCAGCAUACCCACCCAGUGCCAGGCAUGCUAGCCACACACCCUGAGUCCACUAAGCUUUGUUCCA